AUGAGCACUGGAAGUCCACAUCACUGGAUAGAUUAUUUAAUGUUGCCACAAGACCCAACAACGACUCCAAGAGACACCACCACUAAUGAUGAUGCAGCAACUGUCUCCAAGCUUCAUCUACUCAUAACCGAGACGAGAGAAGUACUCACAAGCACUGAGUUUACAAAUGUAGCAGAGAUCUCGCUCAAGUCUUGUACCGUAGCGUUAGUAGAGGACAUGGAAAGGGAGACCAGUUUGGCCACUGGGAUGCAAUUGGCGAAGCUCAUACCACAGAUUGAGAAGACGGUGCCAGAGAUUUCAGCUGUACCGGACAAGAACCGGUUCUUGCAACUCAUCAGAGAUUUGCCUCAAGUUCAGCUCUUUUUUACUCUUUUAUACUCAAAUAUGCCACUAUAA